AUUUCUUUCUUUUAAUAACUUAUUAUCUGCAGAUAAUAUACAAUUCUCAAGUGUCUGUGCUGUAAUCUACAGCCCCAGGUUCCACACAUAGUGAGUAUGAAUAAACUGAGAGACUAUAUUGUCUUUGUAUAAACUGUAUUUGGGGCUACUAAGUUUCAUUUGGUAAAAUUUUGGUUGGUGGUGUGCCUUGUGAUUUUUUUUUUUAAUUAAAAAAAAUGUACUAUGGCUCAAAAAAGGUUGAAAAACACUGCUUUAAACAACAAAUUUGAUCACAUAAACACUGUAAAAAUAAGUAGAUAAACAAAACUUUAAAUUUUCGUGUGAUAUAUUUCAAAGUUGGUGUAUUGAAACUCUUAUUUUAUCAAAAGUAUUCGUUAAUAAAAUCUUAAAAUGAAUAAAUAUAAAAAAAACAGGACGUGGUUCUUUCUCGAGUGGCGCCUUUGUCACGUGACAAAGUGGGAGUAUUUAAGCUGCUGGCGCGAGUUCUUCCAUUCAAGAGAACAUACAAGCCGUUUUUACGAGGUGUGGUACAUUCACGGUAAGUUGUUUUUCUCUUUCAAUUUGUGAAGUUUCCGUAGAUUUUCUGCCUGUUAAACACCGGGACGGUACCUGCGUUUGUCAACCUUUGCUGUAGUCUUUUCAUGUAACGUAUCUUAACGUUCGCAAACCCCCUGAACCGUUUGUAACUUUCCUAAACUUUUCACACACAUCUCUUUAUACACACGAGAAUAAUGUUGAUGUAGCGUUUCGUGUGACGCCUGUAAUGUAACAUUGACAGUUUAUUAAGUUUUGAACUGGUUUAGAUAAGCAGUACCUCGUGUAUCAAUUCGGCGCUUUAGUUUUGUAUCGUAAUGACGCCAUGUUAAUGUUUUCCCAUCAGGUCGAUUGAAAAGAAAAUGAGUGUCGAUGCAAAGCUUAAACACAACCAGCAGAGGUCCAAUGAGAAUAUAAAGGUGAGUCAUUAAGUGUUUCCUGUUGUGAGGCAUUUUUAAAUUACAAAUAAUAAUUUAAAAAAACCGUUAACUCUUAAUUUAACCUUUUUUUUAAAGAACUAAACACAAAAAUGUCUGUUUUGCCAUAGUUUACCUGGAUGAAUGCACCAUACAGGUCUUUCUGCCCUUUUAUGUUCAGUAAAAAAUGGACAUCUUUAUCUUAAAAGGGAUUUUUAAAGACUGCAUAAAGAAGCUCUUGCUCAAAGGAUGGUAGUUUUGUAAGAAACAAGUGAAAUCUCUUUGGUGUGAGUUAUACCUGUUCUCUUUCUAACCAUCACGAGAGGUUUUUUUGCAGGUAUGUCUCAGUGUAUAUUGAUACAUUUUUGCUGAAGACGCAAAGAAGAAUAAAUGUUAUUUUCAAAUGUAAAAUCUGUGACCGAUUGGACCUUUUUGUAUUGGCCUCAGAACUGUUUCAGUGUGUAAAAUGAGUAUAAAGUGCUUUGAUUUAAAAAUAGUUAACCUCCCAGUAGGUGAAGACAUUGCCCCCCUCCCUCCUCAGCUCAGAAUUUCCUAAAGGUCAGCCUUUUUAAAGGUAAUGAAACACACUAGCAGUCUUGUAUUACUUUAGCCAAAUAUUAACAAACCGAGCUGUUAAGCUACUCUGUAAUGAGCCUCCAAGAGAAACUUUCCCACGGCUGUUCCCACACCUGUGGCUCUGUAGCACAUGGCAGCAGUGUUUUUAAGCCACUUCACUUAUGCCUUCACCCAUGGUGACAGUGUAACCAAAGUAAAGCCUGCAAAAUGAUGCUAAGCCCUUCUGAAUAGACGAUAAGGAUGAGAACACGGGUCACUGUAGUUUCCCAUGUGACUCAAGGCUCUAUACCCAAAAUUUGUGACCGACUGAGCUAUAAGUUUACAUUUUGCUUUUGUCUUCUAGAGCUUUUUCACACCCUCUCAAAAGGUAAUGGGCCCUCCCAGGCAAUCGCUGCAGGUCCUCCAGCCUUCAGCUGUUAACAGAGAUUUAGGAAGGUCGGCUCAGGUAUGAACUGGCUUGUUUUUAAAGUAAAGUUAAAAAAGAAUUUCUCACAAAGCAGAUGAGAAAAACAUUUAUCCUCGAUUGUUUUUUAAUUAUAGGCGGGUAAGGUCAUUCCUAAGCGGAAACAGUGGAGUGCAGAACAAACAAGAGGUCCAAAAAGGGUGAAGGUAGAGGUCAAAUCUACACAAACAGAAGAAACUCAGUGUUCAGCAGAUGGCAUGUCCAAUGAAGCAUAUGAGCUUAUGGUCAAAGGUAGGUAGAGAAUCAAAUAAUGCUGUGAAUCUACCACAAUUUAUAUUAGAUUAUUAUUUGGAUUUCAUAUUGAGUGUAACAUAAUCUUCAUUUUAUAGAAACUCCUCCUUCCACGUACUGGAAAGAGGUGGCUGAGGAGCGCAGAAAGGCCUUGUACAAUGUUCUACAGGAGAACGAGAAGGUGAGUUACUAAUCACUAAGAAGGCUAAUGUUUAGCUGUAAGUUGAGCUGUUCCCACGCUCUCUUGGGCUGAGUCAAUCUUAGCUGGCCUCAGUUCAGGUGGCACUUACUUGAAAAGUAACCUGAGGUGAAAUGCACCCAGUACACAGUAAAAACAGUUUAUUUCUCCAAGGGGAAAUAAACUAAAGAGACAAUACUUUUAAUACUGUUUUUCUUUUAGAUACUUUUUCUUUUAGAUGUUCAUUUCACAUCUUUUUAUUGUUCCUCCCAGUUGCACAGAAAUAUCGAGGCCAAAGAUGAACAGAUAUCAAAACUUAAGUGUGAAAAUGAAGAGCUUCAGGAGCUGGCACAACAUGUCCAGUACAUGGCUGACAUGAUUGAGGUAAAUGAUUUUCUGCUCUAAACUUUCAUGUUGUUAAAGACAACAAAGGGAACUCUGUAUGUGUAUGUUGGCUUGAUAAGCGGUCAUGUCUUUUCAGAGGCUAACUGGAAAGAGUCCGGAAAACCUGGAGGAACUGAGGGAUAUUGCCCUUGAUGCAGAUGAUGAUGAUGAUGAUGAUGAAGAAAAUUGUGAAGAAACGACCCAGAAUGAGGAGGACUCUGAUUACAUUCAAAGUGAUGAAGAGGAUGGAGUGGCCUCAGAGCAUGAAGCUGAACUCUCAGAGGAUUAAGAGAGACCUCUUUUUGUAUGUUUUGGACUUUGAACUGCUUGGACAGGUCAGCAGAAUCGGCAGCAAAACAUGACCAUCUAUUUGACUGACAACUUGAGUGUAACUCAAACAAGUUUUUGGAUGUACCCAAAUUUAAUUUUUUUGUAUUAUUUUUAAAUCCUUGAACCAUCUAGGGCCUGUUUUUAUUGUUCAGUUAUUUUAACUUAUGCUGUCAGUUCUAGUUCAGGUGAGUGUUUUCUCAGAAGACCUAUUUUUUGAUGUUGCAGUAGAAGCACAGGUGUAGGUGUAAAUGCUCUAACAGUGGCUUGAUUUCUUUUAAGCCGCUUCAGUUUGAGGGUCCUGGUUUUAUGCAUGUUGGCCUACAAUCUCCAUAGUAGCUGGGACACUUGAAUAGGCCAGAGCUAUUAUCGAUCAGUUUAUAUCUGUCCCCUUCUUACUGUGAUGCAUCAGAAUAUGUGAGCUAUGAAAGGCUUUGUGCUCCAGAGAGCAACAAAUGUGGCUUUCAUGUGUUUUGGUUUACAAUGUGAACUUGUGCUUUUGUGGCACGGCUGUAAAUAAAACAUGUAAAAUAAAAAACUUGAACAAAAAU